AUGGGGAUGUUCCCCUCGAAAUCUGUUCCUUCAUCGUCAGGGUUGACACAGGUUAUAUUGAAGUUUGCAAAGUGCAUCAUGCCUAAAUGUCAACUAUCUGGUCAUCAGACAAGAAUAAAGAAGCAAAAGACAGAAGCAUUAAUAAAUUCUCAAAAAGAGGCUAUUAAAAAGUUCUUUUCAAGCAAUGAAAAUAUACAAAAUUCAGUCGAAGAACAUGAAAAUUUGGUGAUUGAUGUCGCUGAAAACUUGGUGAAUGAAGAAAAUUGUGAGGAUUUGGGGGGUGAGGAAGCCUAUCAAUGUGUCAAUGAGAGAAGUAAUGAAAGUUCGACGGAUGUCAAUCAAAAUGAAGACUUGAAUGUUAAAUGUGUUCUUGUGAACAUUGAUGAUCCAUGUAAUUGGGAUAACAUAGAUCAAAAAUUAAGGGACUUAUUGGUUGAAAGAGGUCCCGUAAGAAGAAAUUGUGAUGCUACCUUUCCUAAGGAUGACAAUGAGAAUAGUAGACAUUCCUUUUCUAUGCACUAUAUUCGCCAUUUACCCAAUGGAGAGAAACAUGAUAGAAAAUGGCUAGUAUACUCGGAGGCUUUGAAUAAAGUAUUUUGCUUUUGUUACAAAUUAUUCAAGAAUGAAGGAAACAAGACUUAA